UUCUGUCCCUGAAUUUGACAGACCUGAUUUUUGUACCAUACAAAGAGUUGUAAAUAGGUUCCUAACAUGAUUAUUUGAAUGCACAUUCAGGUUUCAAAAAGCCAAAUUGGGAGAAAGAGAAAGCAGCCUAGAUCAUCGUCAGGUCCUGCUAAUAGUACAGGCACAGCAAAUACGACAGGUCCGUCGCCAAGUUCAGCACCCUCAACUCCCUCAACUCAUACGCCUGGAGAUGUGAUAUCGAUGCCUGCCUUGCCCAAUAGUGGUAGUUCUUCAAAGCCUCUAAUGAUGUUUGGAACUGAUGGUACUGGAGCCCUUACAUCACCUUCUAACCAGUUGUGGGAUGAUAAAGAUCUUGAAUUGCAGGCUGAUGUGGAUCGCUUUGUGGAGGAUGGAUCACUAGAUGAAAAUGUUGAGUCUUUUUUGUCCCAGGAUGAUACAGACCCUAGAGAUACUGUUGGCCGUUGUAUGGAUGUAAGCAAAGGCUUCACAUUUACUGAUGUAAAUUCUGUAAGGGCAAGCACAAGUAAAGUUGCCUGUUGCCAUUUCUCAUCUGAUGGGAAAUUACUUGCAAGUGGUGGGCAUGACAAAAAGGCUGUUUUAUGGUACACGGAUUCUCUUAAACAAAAAGCUACUCUUGAAGAACAUUCAUCUUUGAUUACUGAUGUUCGGUUCAGUCCAAGCAUGCCUCGUCUUGCUACUUCUUCAUUUGACAGAACUGUCAGGGUUUGGGAUGUUGACAAUCCUGGUUAUUCUCUACGCACCUUCACGGGACAUUCUUCAACUGUUAUGUCACUAGAUUUUCAUCCAAAUAAGGAUGACCUCAUCUGCUCAUGUGACGGCGAAUGUGAGAUACGAUACUGGAGCAUAAACAAUGGCAGUUGUGCUAGAGUCUGGAAGGGUGGCACCACCCAGAUUAGAUUUCAGCCUCGUCUAGGGAGGUACCUUGCUGCAGCAGCAGAGAAUACUGUGUCUAUAUUU